AUGUUUGUGCUUCUUAAACCUCGUCUGACUGUUGUAGGUGUCGACCUGGGGACCACAUACACCAGUGUCAGCUACUACGACACGUCCAGAACGGGCAAUAUCGAGGAUCGCAUCCAGAUCGUCUCAAAUUGGCCAGCGAUCACUUAUCUUGGAGGCGGCUUAAAAUGGGGAGGCGCAAUCCCUCCCAACAUUCAGCGUCACAUGUGGACCAAGCUGGAGCUUGAUGCUCCCAGGACUGGUGAAGCUGCGAAGAUCUGCCAGGAACUGCUUGGAUCCGGAUAUGGAAGCGUUGCAGGCGUGAAGCGUCCUGUCGACAUCAUCGCCGAUUUCCUUGCUCAGGUUCUGGAACACUUGAUCAAAAAUCUCAAUGUGCACUACACAGAGACGCUGUGGCAGUCAUUCCCACUUACUCUGGUUGUCACAUAUCCAGCCGUAUGGAGCGAUUUGGCAAAAGCCCUAACCCUGCAAGCUUUCUCUCAGGCUGGCUUCAACGAAAAGAAUCUAAGGAUGCCAAGGAAGACGAUCACUGCAACUGAGCCUGAGGCUGCAGCACUCUACACAAUCAUGUGUAUACGCGGGACGGCCCAAGACAAGCAGCUUGCAGUAGACGAUGGAUUCGUCGUGUGUGACAUGGGUGGAGGCACAGUAGACCUCAUUUCCUACAAGGUAGCCGGAGUUGAUCCCACCGUUCUCGAAGAGGCAACAAUUGGAACUGGAGACCAAUGUGGUGGCAGCUUUGUAGAGAGAUCUUUCCUCAGGUGGCUCGAGGAAAAGCUGGGCGAGAAGGACUUCCGAGAAGUUGCCGGAGGUCCUGCAGCAGACAUCUCCCGCACCUCGCUCCCAGCCAGAUUGAGCAAGAUGAUGCAGGAAUUCACGGGUUGUGCGAAAUCUGGAUUCCAUGGCAGCGAUACCGAAGACUAUGAGCUGAGGCUGCCGGCACCACUGAACGCCAUCGUGUGUGACACGAGCCACAGCAUUGAAAAUGGCGAGAUCUUGAUCACAUCAGAGGACCUCAAAGAGAUGUUCAGCUACUCACUCCAGAAAAUAGGAGAGCUUCUUCUCGCGCAAAUCAAAGCUGCAGGCCAGAAGGGACAGGUUAAGGUCAGAUUUGCCUUCCUUGUCGGUGGGUUUGCCGAAUCGCAAUACAUACAGAUGGAGCUACAGAAGCUUGUGAUUAAUCAUGGCGUUCAUAUCAUCAAGCCACUCCAUGCAUGGUCGGCUAUUGCGAGAGGUGCAGCUGCGAAAGGCCUCGAACAAGGUGGCGCGACUCCAAUCAAAGAUCGAAAAUGCCGCCGAAAACAUCGCGAGCAAGAGUCCUACAUCUGCUACUGGUUGAUCAGCGAAGGGCAAGACCUUCCUACUGCAGCAAAGGUGCACGGCAAGGUUUCUAUGCAUAGUAACUUCUGGCCUGGUGAGAAAAGGCAUGCUUCUCCGCUACUGCUGGCCGCGGACAUAGACAAGGCUCCCCGCCGCUCGCAUGUGAUUGCGGUCUAUGAGGUUGCUCGGCUCCGGGUCAAUCUGGAGCAAGUUCCUCAGCGGGCGUUCCGAAAGCAGAACAACUCCAAGAAACCUUACUAUGAGUUACAUUACGAAAUCCAUAUCAGCGUUCAAUCGGGCCUCGAAUUUUCCUUAUGGGUUGAUGGCAAACGAUACGGCGCGGUUGCGGCGGAGUAUGCUUGA